GCGCCGGGCACGCCCCACAGGAGAGCUCCCGGCUUCCGCCGGGCCUCCGGCUAGGGCCUGCCCGCGCCCCCCCGCGGCGGUUGUAGGCCGCGGCGGGAAAGCGGCCGGCGGCAGCGCGGUGAGGCCCCGGCAGUCAAAGACUUCUCAUAGGACUUCAUACAGUCCUACUUUGUAAAACAGCAGUUUCUCUGAGCCUAAGCCUAGGGCUGACUUCUCAGGAGGAGGUGUGAAAACCCUCCACUUCCCUGCUCGUGUAGGGAGCAACUCCAGGAUCCUUUUCCAGAAGGAUGAGUAAGUUUCAUUCCAAAAAGCUCAAGAUAUCUAGUAGGCAGUAGGAGCGAGGACUGGAAUUGCAAGGAUGCCUUGCAGGAAAUGACAUCCCUGGCACUCAGUAAGGUGUAAGGACUGCAUCACAGAAAAAGAAACAUUAACUUUUUGAAGCUUGCAUAGUAAAUUGGUGACAAACCUAGAAGAACAAUCGCAGGUUAUGUAGUUGCCUCAAAUACAUGCUGUUGACUGGAACAGACUACUCUUCGUCUUUCUGAACUAUGCCAAGAAAAAGAAAGCUGUUGGCUCAGUUAAGCGCUCUCCAAAGCAACUCCAGCUUCCCUCCAUUUGAUGCCUUGGAGAACCCGAAUGCUACACCUGAUGGGGAUUCUUCUCCAAAAAGCAGCAAAUAUUUUGCGAUAGAGAAAAAAAAUUCUUCCCAGCUAGAAGAUGAUUUUUUCAACCAGCCCUGUAUUAGUCUGGCCAAGUCCUUUCUGGGACAGAUUUUAGUUCGCAAACUUCCUGAUGGCAGAGAACUCUGGGGGAGGAUUGUUGAAACAGAAGCUUAUCUGGGUGGGGAAGAUGAGGCUUCCCACUCAAAAGGUGGGAAGCAAACUCAACGAAAUGCAGCAAUGUUCAUGAAACCAGGAACUCUGUAUGUGUAUCAGAUCUACGGGAUUUAUUUCUGCGUGAAUGUUUCCAGCCAAGGGGAAGGGGCUGCAGUAUUACUUCGCUCUUUGGAACCUCUUCAGGGUUUAGAUGCGAUGAGAGAGCUGCGCAGUGCUUCAAAGAAAGGACCCACAACGCUGCUGAAGGACUGGCAGCUGUGUAAUGGGCCCUCCAAGCUCUGCCAAGCGUUUGGGAUUGAUAAGGCUUUUGACCAAAGAGACCUGACUCAAGAUGCAGCCAUCUGGAUGGCACCUGGACAUGACCUACCAGGGGAGCAGGACGUGGUAGCCACAACAAGGAUUGGUAUUGGCAACAGGGGAGAGUGGGCACAGAAACCUCUCAGGUUCUAUUUACGAGGAAACAAAUUUGUGAGUGUUGUAGACAAGAAAAGAGAGAGAGAGAUGGCAGCAAUGGGACACUUCUCUUGCAGCUGACAAGUCUUGCAAGUACGCUACUGACCAGGAUUUGAGCUGUGCUCUGUGUGAUAGCUUCAAGCUGUCAUGGCAGCAGCUAAGGCAGACAUAGUGGCUCAGGGGUUUUUAACAAUAAAUGUACUUUAUCACAA